AUGGAAAACGAAUCGUUUGGGUUCAGCUACGAGUUAACCUUGGACACAUUUGUCGUUCCUCCUGGAGGAAAGUAUCCCAUAUUUUUUCUUGGUCUUACGAUUUAUUUUUUUGGUAUUUUUUGCAACCUGACCCUGUUGACUUUGAUCAUUCUGAGAAGGAACCUUCACAAACCAAUGUAUUUUAUCCUGUUUAGUCUUCCCCUCAAUGACCUGAUAGGCAUAACAGCAAUGCUACCAAAAGUCCUUUCAGACAUUGUUACAGAGACAAACAAGGUUUAUUAUCCUCUGUGUGUCUUUCAGGCAUUCUUGCUCCACAUGUACGGUGGUGGAAUCUUGUUUAUUCUUGCAGCAAUGUCUUUUGAUCGUUACGCUGCCAUCUGCAUGCCGCUACGCUACAGCUCUAUUAUGACCCCCAGGGUUGUUAUCUGCAUCAUCUCUCUGGUUUGGGGUCUUGACUUUGUCUUGAUUGUGUCAUUGUUCUCUUUGCAGACAAGGCUUCCCAGGUGCAGGUCUGUUAUUAUGAACGUGUUCUGUGAUAACCCAACUCUGCUGAAGCUCACGUGUGGAAACACGGCAGUCAACAAUAUCAUAGGGUUGUUUAACACGGCCGUCAUGCAAGCCGUGAGUGUGUCUGUUCAGGCGUUCUCCUACGUGAAGAUCCUGAUCACGUGUGUGGUUUCGAGGAGGUCCGAAGCGAAGACGAAGGCUGUCAACACGUGUGUUUCGCAGUUGGUUAUAUUGAUCAUAUUUGAGAUUGUGGGAACUUUCACAAUUCUGUCUCAUAGGUUCAAAAAUGUCUCGGCUGACUUGCAAAAGAUAAUGGGCAUGCUGAUAUUUAUUGUUCCUCCGCUUCUGAAUCCAAUUGUGUAUGGACUGUAUACAAGUGAAAUACGAAACACACUCCUGAGAGUCCUGAAAAAGAGCAGAGUUUCUGUCUAA